CAAUCCUAUUAAUUAUAAGUUCCACGUUGUCAGAUUUGUCAAGUGGACAAUAUGACUUCGAAGGAAAGCAAUAUUUCUGCGGUAUACGCGGAAUUAAAUAAAUUAGGCCAAAAUGCAGAAUAUGAAAGAGCAUUGAAAACUGCUAAUAGAAUUCUAGGCAGUAUGCAAGAUGAGGAAGCUGCAUUUCAUUGUAAAGUAAUCUGUUAUAUCCAAUUGUCAAAAUUUAGUGAAGGAUUGCAAUUGAUAACAAAAAAUCAAAAAUUGGCGAUAAAUCUUGACUUUGAGAAAGCUUAUUGUCUCUAUCGUUUAAAUCAGGUAGCAGAAGCUUUGAAGGUAGUCGAGGGUAUACAAAAUCCUUCUUUAAAAGUAAAAGAAUUGAAAGCACAAAUAUUAUAUCGACUUGAAAAAUACGAGGAAUGUUUCACCAUUUACAGAGACAUUAUAAAAAAUUCAGACGAUGAAUAUGCAGACGAGAGAGAAACUAAUUUAGCUGCAGUUCUUGUGAAUUUGACAAUUGAAAAUUCACCUAUAGAACUUCCAUCAUUGCAAGAGGACACUUAUGAGUUAACAUAUAAUGCAGCUUGUCAAUUGAUUGCGCUUGGAAAUUUAAAUGAUAAGAGUAUGUUGGUAGAAGCAGAAAAGAAACUGAAAGCUGCAGAAAAAAUGUGUAAGGAAGGUUUAGAAGAGGAUGGGGCCACAGAGGAAGAAAUAGAAAAUGAACUUGGGAUUAUAAGAGUACAACUGGGAUGUUGCUUGCAACUCCUGGGACGUGAGAAAGAAGCUCAAACUUUAUACACAGCUGCUUUAAAAUCAAAACCAGAUGAUAUUGCGUUAGUCGCCGUAGCGAGCAAUAAUCUCGUUUGUUUGAAUAAAGAUCAAAACGUGUUUGAUAGUAAGAAAAGAAUGAAAAGUGCCACGCACGAAAGUUUGGAGCAUAAGUUGACUUCAAGACAAAGAAGAACUAUAGCAUACAAUCAAUGUUUAUUAGCCUUAUAUACUGAUCAGGGAGAACAAUGUCAACAAUUGUGUAAUAAACUUGCAAAAGAUCAUCCAGCUUUGGCAGCAGAUGCAAUGUUUGUGAAAGCUAUUCAACUUAGCAAAGAUGGUAAAGCUCAGGAGGCAGCUAAGUUAUUAUUAGAGUAUGCAACUGCUGAAAAGGAAUUGCAAAUGAAACUAGUUGCAGUUCAACUUCUUUUGAGUCAUACCGAAAGAAAAGAGGCCAUUAAUAUACUCGAGAAUUUGUCAGAAUCUGAUAGAUCGUUGCCUGGCGUAGUUAGUGCUCUCGUUACUCUUCAUAUGGCAGACAAUAAUAGGGAUAGAGCGUCAGCUGCAUUGAAAAAUGCAGUGAACUAUUAUAAAAAACAUAAGGCAACCAAAACAAAUUUAGGCGAUUUAUGGCGACAAGCUGCUGACUUUUAUCUACGUGGUGGAGAAAUUCAGGUUGCCGCAGAUAUAUUGCAGGAAUUAGUAGACUCGUCUCCAUCUGAUACGAAAACUUUGGCACAAUUAGUAGUGGCCUAUGUACAAUUUUGUCCUGCGAAAGCUCACCUUUUGUACAAAAGGUUACCACCGCUGCACGAUCUCGCAGAAACGAUAAAUGUCGACGCAUUAGAAAGUAGCAAUUGGGUUAUUGGUACAAAAGUUGUCCGAAAGAAAGUAGAACCUUCUCCUGGUAAACCAAUUGUGGACCAGACAUUAAAAAAACGUAAAACUCGCAAACGUAAAGGAAAAUUACCGAAGAACUACGAUCCAAAUGUUCCUCCCGAUCCUGAGAGAUGGUUACCAAGGCACGAACGUAGUAAUUUCAGAAAGAAACGAGAUAGAAGAAAUCGAGAUGUAGCAAUGAAGGGUACGCAAGGUGUGGCAACUGGUGCAAGCGAUCUAUAUGAUAUUACAAAAAUGCCUGUCAAUACUAAGCCUUCCCCUAAUCCUCGACAUAAUACUACCGUGGAAGUGUCUGGACCACGUCAACAACAACGUAAAGUUCAGCAAAAGAAAAAGAAGAAAGGUGGCAAAUGGUAAAUAAUCAAUGUACGCAACUAUUCUAUAUAUAUAUAUAAAGCAAUAAGUCCAUUAGGAUUGUUAUUUCAUGAAAAUAACAAUGGAAAAAAAAAAAAGCAAACUACAUUCUGUAAUAUUAUCAUAUUCAUAUAUGUAUAGAUUUUUUAUGUCAUUCAUGGAGGAAAAAAAAAGAACCAUGCAUUAUCGCUACAAAUACGUAAAAUAACUUUAUUCCAAUAAAUUCUUCCUGUCACAAGGUAUGACAGAUUGAAAACGUAACACGUAAUAUAAGGUAACACUUUAUCCAUACAUUGACUAGGAUUUUGGUGGUAUUAUAUAUGACCUUUUUUUAUUUGUAACAGUUAUAUAUAAAAAUACAAUCUAUUGUUGUGUUUCUUUUGAAAAUCUAUGGUAUUCAUAAACAUCGUGACUGUGCGUCGAUUCUCAACAUUCUUAUUUAACAGGCAUAAAGUAAAAAACAGUUUGCUUUCUAACGGAAUUAGUUUACGAUACAUAUAUAUAUAUAUAAUUCGAUGAAUACAUUUUGAAAAUUUA